AUGGACUAUGACGAAGAGGAGGACAUCUAUACCUAUCCUUGUCCAUGCGGUGACAAGUUCAUUAUUAGCUCUGAUGAAUUGAUCGAUGGCCUUGACGUUGCACAGUGUCCAUCUUGCUCAUUAAUCAUUAAGGUCAUUUACGACCCUGAUGCUUUCAUAGAUGAGCAAGAUCAAGCAACUACAUUUCAGGUGGAAGCUAUUAAAGUAUCUGCUUGA